AUGUUGAACGAGUCUCUGGUAGGAGGGUCGGCGGAGCCGUCAAUUGAACAAGGUGAGUCUAGUGAUACGAUUGUACCAAAAGUUGAGUCUAGUGAAACUAUCAAAGUUGAGUCUAGUGAAACUAUCAAAGUUGAGUCUAAGGAUGGUCUUGGACCGAAAAUUGAGUCCAGUCCCGGUGUUGAGGCCCCAGUUUCAAAAGAUUCAGAUAAAAAACAGUACUCUUUACGAUCAAAGGAUAAAAAAGCUCUAGAAGAAGAGAAAAAACUACAGCAAGAUCAAUUGAAUAAAUCUUUAUUGAAACAAAAAACUCAUAAUGUAAUUGUACAGUCGAGAUUGAAGCCAGUUCCCUUUAAACAUCUGGAUCUAUAUAACUUUGGUCCUCAACAACCCCAAAUAUCACCUGCUUUUACAAUUGGAGAUAAAGGUUUCUAUCAAACUGACGACCAUCCUUUCAAUAGACGUGGGUUUAAAUAUAAACCUUGUCAACCAAACCCAAUUUUCAAGUCAAACUUAUACUCAACAACUGAUUUGUCCCCUUUCAAAGUGAGAAUCAGCCAUUUCGAUCGAUCAAAUGGUAUUGCAUUUAACAAGGACUUGGAUACUGUUUCAACAAAUCAGGGUUGGAGAUCAGUUCGCUCAAAUGUUCCAAUUCGUGAAGGUAAAUAUUAUUUCGAAUUCAAUAUUAUAAGCGCAAAUGAUCCUUCAACAAAAGGUCAUGUAAGGGUUGGUGUUGCUAGAAAGGAAGCAAGUCUAGAGGCACCGGUUGGGUUUGACGGUUAUGGUUACGGGUUAAGAGAUUUAAAUGGUCAAAAAAUGACCUUAAGUCGCCCCAAAGAGUUUAUGUCUUUGAAAAAUGAUUCUGAUUUACAAAAUUUUAAAUCCAAUGAUACAAUUGGGUUUUUAAUUGAGUUACCUGAUUUGAAAAAACACCGUGAAGCAUUACAAAGAUUUGUCAAUGAAAAACAAUCAGAAAAACCAGUGAAAUUGGACGAGAGUCCGGCGAAAAAGAAACGUAAAACGAAAAAGGAGAGUGGUCACUAUGAUGAAUUUAAAUUUAAUUUACAUGAUAAUAUACUAAGAGAUCAAAUUCCAAUUAAAUACAAAAAUGCAUUAUAUUACGAACAGUUUGAGUACACUCCAACUAAACAAAUGGACCAUUUAUUAAAUCCAGUCACUGUAUUUGGUGAAAAGGCUAUUCUAGAAGAGCAAAACAAUUUAAUCCAUUCUUCUCAAAAUAUUCCAAAAAUUCCAAAUUCAAAGAUUAUUGUAUUUAAAAAUGGGAUUGAAAUAGGCUGCAUGUUUGAAGAUUUAUAUUCUUUUCUACCAGUCAAAUUCGAUGAUGAUUUAAUCGAAGAAACUAUUUCAAAUUCAAAACAAGAUCAGAAUUCUAAUUAUAGAAAUACUGAUGAUGGUUCAUUAGGUUAUUACCCUAUGCUCUCCGUGUUUCUGAAUGGGAUAGUUGGUUUAAAUCCAGGUCCGGAUUUCAAGUAUCCCAUUAAAGAUGAUCUGGUUAAACCAUUGAGUGAUCGUUUUGAUGAAAGUAUAGUUGAAGAAUGGAUGUGGGACUUAAUCGAUGAAAUUGAACUGGAAUACUUGGAUAGUUUUGAAUGAAAAACUAACUCGUAAUUUUUAAUGUAUCUACUUCAACCCCAAUUACUGUCAAAUUUUCUUUAUCGGUAUCAAUAAAAUC